CAUGUACACAUCGUCGCCGAAAAACAUAAACAAACAAAUUUAAUUUUAAUUUCUAAACGCUAAAACUAAAUAAAUAAUAAAAAUGAGUUUUAGAGGCCGUGGAGGUGGUGGUGGUCGAGGUGGCCGCGGUGGUGGAUUUAAUAGAGGAGGCGGUGGUCGUGGAGGUAGAGGUGGUGGCGGAGGUGGAUUUGGAAAUAGAGGAAAAUUUGAUCAAGGCCCACCAGCUCGUGUAAUUCCAUUUGGAUACUUUGACUAUUCUUGUCAAGAUGAUUUGGUGCUUAAAUCAGAAAUCGAGGACGUUCCUUAUUUCAAUGCACCAAUUUUCUUAGAAAACAAAUCACAAAUCGGAAAAAUUGACGAAAUCUUCGGCACACUACGUGAUUAUUCAGUUUCAGUAAAAUUAUCAGAUAAUAUGAAGUCGUCUAGUUUUGUUCCCAAACAAAAACUUUUCAUCGAUCCAGCAAAACUUUUACCUUUGAUGAGAUUUUUGCCUCAACCACCAAAACCUAAAAUUGGAAAAAAGAAGGGAGACAAGUCUGGACAAGGCCAAGAUGGUGGAAGAGGUGGUGGACGUGGUGGUUUCGGAGGUAGCGGUUUCGGAGGUGGCCGUGGAGGAAGAGGUCGCGGUGGUGGCGGGGGAUUCUCUGGAAGAGGAGGUGGUGGCGGAUUUGGACGUGGAAGAGGAGGAGGUGGCGGUUUCUCAGGACGAGGUGGUGGUGGAAGAGGUGGAGGCGGCGGCGGUGGCAAACGCUGGUAACUUUGUAUCUGACCAUGCUUUCAAAUCUUUAAGAAUUAAUUUUAAUGUUUCUUUAAAACAUUUCCUAAAAUAAAAACAAAAAUUUUAACGUUUUCAAAUUGUUUAAAUUUUUAAAAAUUUGAUCUCCUCAGA